GCGCUCCUGGCUCUAAGCAGCAACGUACGAUGAGCCCGUGAGAUCCCUCACACGUCUGGUCCCUGCUGUCCUUUCCGUCCAGGAGGGACCACCCAAUUCCCGCAACGGUUGGGGCUCCUGUCCUGGAACUUCAAAGAGGAUUUGCAAGAAUCUGACCUGCGUUUUUCUUGAGAAGUGACUCACUAAAAACACGCCUGAACUUAACAGCGAUAACAAGAUUGUUCUGCCUGUGUUACUGCUGAUGUCAUAGGAUGAACACCGGACACUUCUUCACUCUUGGCCUGCUUUGGGGAUCAGGGCUCCCCUGGGUCUUUGCCGACUAUCCUUCCAGUCCGCUCAAUUCCUCGGAAGUACCCUCGACUGGACAUGGCUGGAGGGAGAAUGGCUCUUCCUCCUCUGUUCUCUCACAGCCCACUAGUUCUGCCCCCUCCAGUGAAGUCACCUCUCCAGACGACUCCACCCGUGCUGGUACACUUUUACUGCUCAGUACUCCCACUGCUUCCAAUUUAGUUGUGAACAGUGUGCCAUCUACCAGUGGACCCAUCUUCUCCGCCAGUGUGCCAUCUACCAGUGGACCCAUCUCCUCCGCCAGGUCAAUAUCUGCCAGUUUACCCGACACCUCAGCCAGUGCAGCUCCUGAAUCCACUGCACCCAUGUCCAGUACACCGGCCUCCUCCAUCUCAGUUCACAUUAGCACCAGGACCAGUGCACUGUUGGAAUCCACUUCAAUGUUCACCACAUCACUCAAAUCCAGCACCGCCACUCUCACCACUGCACAGGAAUCCCGUGAGCUAAUGACCAGUGGUCCUGUCACUUACAGCAUUGUGCCACUGAAAACCAAUGUAACUGCAUUCAGUGGUCUCAACACUACUGCCAGUGCACAUUCAAAUUCCAGUGCCCCCAACAUCACUGCCAGUGUCGUACCGGAAUCCACUGUAAGUGAGAGUUUGGACACCGACCACAGAGCCAACGCGACUGUGUCACUCCCAGAUACCACAGCCAGUGGGGUCACUGGUCGACCCCAGGUACGUGGCACCCCCUUGGUAACCAUCUUGGUAGCCUUCUUGGUAGGGACAUUGAUCGUGGUGGUGAUCGUGGCCCUGGCCUGCCGCCGUCGCUGCCGGCAACGAGGGGACUAUGCGGCCGGGCGUCCUGCCAAGGCUGGGGACCCAUGGGCUGGGCCCGUGGCCCUGGGGCCCGAGGAGGGAGGAGGGGGUGGCACAGAAGAAGAUCCUAACGGGCCACCUGGCGAGGAGCCUCCACCUGGUGCCUCCCACCGCCUUUCCCUUGGCACGUUCUUCCACAAACGUAAAUCCCGUGCACCCUCACUUGUCCUUGAGGCCUUCUCUCCCAUUCCUGAGGGCGAAGGCAUAGAGGAUGGUCAGGAGCAGAGGUUGCUGGGGGAUGUCCCCUCAUCCACCACCUCCCCCGACCCUCCCUCUCCUCCUCCACCUGAAGCAAAUGGUGACCUCCCUGGGACCAUCCCUGAGGACAUGAAUGCCCUCCUACCUCCUCCUGUCCCAUCUGAGGAGGGAGAGGGGGGUCCUGAACUUGUUUAGGAAGUCCCUGCCUUCCUAUAUCCUCCUCUCCCCCUGCUCUCCUCCCUUUUCUCCAUCCUAUCUCCCUUCCAUCUCACCAGACCCAGGACAAUACUUUCGCUCAUCCUCUCUCCAAAAGGGAAAGAGAGGGCAUACUGAGGCAUACUUUUUCCCUCCAGCCCUUCUUCCCCUUCCCCCUCUCCCCUCUGCCACAUCACUCCCCAUCCCAUCAGGUACUAGACAACAUUUCCCCUCACCUCUCCCCUUCUAGGACAAAGAGAUAGAAGAUCUGCUUCACGAUCUAACUCCUCUCCCCUCCUCCCUCUGUCCCAGCUCACACGUUGUGGUGAACUAUGUGCCUGUCGGGACACGCCCCUGCUGACUGCUCCUGUGGCUCCUCCCACAGGCCCCUGUAUAAAGGAGACCUGCGGCCUGAAGCUCGGCCUCAGUCUCCAAGACCUUGUAUGAUAGACACUCACUCCUGGUUCCUUCUUCCAGUCAAUAAAAGCCGAUAUCUCGCCUACGCCUCAGUGUGAGUUAUUGAUGGUGCAUCACACGUCACCUCAUCUAACCUUUCCCCGUCCUGCUGGAGGAGUGGUGGGGAGGGGGAUGUGCCCCAAACUGGUUUAAUAGCUCAACCACUCCUUCAUCACUACCUCUUCCUCCUCUGUGCAUCCCACUGGAAAUGGGAUGACACUACCACACCCUGACUCAUUACAGGCAAAAUCCCACCCACCAGCACAGCUCUUCCAACAAAUAAAAUCGCUUUCUGCAAGACAGAGAUGGAGGCAGGCAAAGAAAGAUAGAGGGAGAGACAGAGAGAGGGAGACAGAUGAGGAGAGCGAUAGAGAAGGAUGGGAAGAAAGAUAGGGAAGGAGUGAGAAGGAAAGAGGGAGAGAAAGAGUGAGCGGGUGGGGAGAGAGAGAAAGGAAGAAACCAGGGGUUCCCACCUGCGGUCCAUGGAUCCUUUGUUUAAUGGUAGUGAUCCCAGGCAUUAAAAAGGUUGGGAACCCCUGGGAGGGAGGGAGAGGGAGAGGGAGAUGGAGAGGGAGA